AUGAGCAACCCACUCCCCGACCCCGCAUUCCGCGAGCAGGACGAGGAGGGGGAGGAGGAGGAGGGCGGGUGGAGCGCUCUCAUGAAGGAGCAGCAAGAGGAGAACCGCAGCCUGGGGAAGGAAAGAUUAGCAGCAGCAGCAGCAGCAGCAGCAGCAGCAGCAGCAGCAGCAGCUGGGGAUACUGAUGGUGGUGCUGGUGCUGGUGGUGCUGGUGCUGGUGGUGCUGGUGCUGGUGGUGCUGGUGCUGGUGGUGCUGGUGCUGGUGGUGCUGGUGCUGGUGGUGCUGGUGCUGGUGGUGCUGGUGCUGGUGGUGCUGGUGCUGGUACUGCUGCUGCUGCUGCUGCUACUAGUGCAGCCACCAGGCCUGUAACCGACUCGCUAUCAGCCGACUCGAUACCAGCAGAGUCCAACGCGACUUUCCUGCGGCUGCUGCAGCAGCAGGGCGACUACGCGUGCGCCCUGUGGGUGCACAACGUGUGCUACGCCUUCAACCCCCUCUUCCACUCCGUGCCCGUCGCCAACCACGAGAUCGAAAAGAUCAUGCUGCGGGAGCGAAUCACGGACCGCCACGUGGGCGUGUGGUUCUGGAAGGACCCCAGAUACGACCUGUCCCGGUUGAACCUCUCUGAAAACAUCUGCACGGGGAAAGCUGCUCUCCCGGCGCUGAGAAAGGAGCACUUCUCGAGUGCGGACGUGCGGGAUGUGCCGGAGCUGAGUGGGCGCGUGGGGCCGUUUGUGCAUGCGCGUGACGCUGAGCUGUUCUUCCUGCACGGCCGCCCGCCUGCUGCUGACCCCGUCCCUGCUGCUGCUGCUGACACUAGCAGCAGCAGCAGCAGCAGCAGCAGGAGUGCUUUCUCGGGUAGUGCGUUCGCCACCAACAACAUGUCGUUCGCCAUCUCAGCGGAUCAACCAGAGCAGUGGCGGGGCGUGGGCGUGGUGUCGCUGAGGGACGGGCACCUGGGUCACUUCGUGGAGUUCAUUGGCGCCAUGGCUGAACUCGCCAGGCACCUGCCCAUUGGCGCCAGGGACACGGACGUGCCAGGCCGGGAGGGGGCACGCAGGGACGUGGCGGCCAGCGAGGUGGCGAGCAGGGAGGUGGUAUCUGGGAAUGGGGCGGCUGCUGAUGCUGCUGCUGGUGACAGUGCGGAUGCUGGUGGUGGUGGCGCUACUGGUGCUGGUGAUAGUGGUGCUGGUGGGAGUGGUGGAAGGGAGGGGGACAGGGUUGACGUGCAGCCAGUGCUCUUCUUUCCAAGUGGUGCGGGAAUUUCAAGGUGGGUGGCAGCAGCGGGCGCCGUUGCCAUGCGUGGCCCUCAAGCCAUGCGGGACUAUCAAGGCAUGAGAGCCCUCCAAGGUCCAUUGAGGGAGCAUCAAAGCACGAAAGACCACGCAGGCAUGCGAGGGCUAAAGGGCACGAGACAGCAGAGGAAGCAGGGUGAAGUAGACGCAGCAGGGGAAGUCGGGGCAGCCGGGGCGGCAGGGGCGGCAGGGGCGGCAGGGGCAGCAGGGGGAGAAGCAGAGACAGCAGCAGGAGGAACACCACUGGCAGCAGAGUCAACACCAGCAGUGGAGGCGGGGAGAGUUUGGACCCACACGACGUGCUUCCAGGACGCGUUUUUCCCGCUCUCCAUCGCCCACGCGCCCUCCUCCGCUGACCUCUUCCGCCUCUGGGUGGCGCAGGGCGCCGGGCUUGGCGCGACCCUUAAAGCCCAGCUGACCGAUCCGUGGAUUUGGACGGAUGAGAUUGAACGGGUGGGGGGGGGUGGUGGAGGGAGAGGGGAACGUGGGGUGGGGGAUGAGAGAGGGGGGAGAGGUGGGGGAGAGAGAGGCAGAGGGGGUGGGGGGUUGAGGAGGGGUGGUGUGAGGGAUGGAGGGCGGAAGGGGGUGGGGAAGGGGGUGGGGAAGGGGGUGGAAAAAGGGGAUGUGGGCGAGAAGAAUCGAGAGAGAAAAAGAGAAGGGAAAGGAGGGAGGAGCAGUGGGGGCGGUGAGAAGAAUGUUGAAAAGGGGGGUAGGAGUAGUGGGGGGAAUAAGAAAGACGAGAAAGAAGGGGAGAGCAAUGGGGGAAGUGAGAAGAAGAAAGAUGAGAAGGGAACGAGAGGUAGUCGGGAAAGCGAGAAAAAGGCUAAGACAAAUGUGAGUGGUGGUGGGGGGAGGAGAGGGACAGAUGGACACAGUGAAAGAGGUGAAAGAGGUAGGGGAGGUGGACAUGGCGGGAAUGAAAGGCCAGGUAGGAAGGAGGGAAAGGAGGGAAAGGAGGGUAAGGAGGGUAAAUCGGGAGAGAAAGGGGGAGGUCAGAGGGAAACUCGGCCUGAUAAGAGAGGGGGGAAGGGAGGGCGACAGGGUGCCUCGAAUAUAACAGUGGUGGAGCGCAUGGGGGUGCGCACCAUCACCAACUUCCGCCCCAUGGUUGGCCUCCUCCGGGCUGUCUUUCCCCACCUGCCUGUCAAGGUCGUCUCCUUGGAGGUAAACGAACUGUCAACUCUCCUCUCCUCCCUUCCCUUUUCUGCUCUCCUCCCUUCCCUUUUCUGCUCUCCUCCCUUCCCUUUUCUGCUCUCCUGCCUUCCCUUUUCUGCUCUCCUCCCUUCCCUUUUCUGCUCUCCUCCCUUCCCUUUUCUGCUCUCCUCCCUUCCCUUUUCUGCUCUCCUCCCUUCCCUUUUCUGCUCUCCUCCCUUCCCUUUUCUGCUCUCCUCCCUUCCCUUUUCUGCUCUCCUCCCUUCCCUUUUCUGCUCUCCUCCCUUCCCUUUUCUGCUCUCCUCCCUUCCCUUUUCUGCUCUCCUCCCUUCCCUUUUCUGCUCUCCUCCCUUCCCUUUUCUGCUCUCCUCCCUUCCCUUUUCUGCUCUCCUCCCUUCCCUUUUCUGCUCUCCUCCCUUCCCUUUUCUGCUCUCCUCCCUUCCCUUUUCUGCUCUCCUCCCUUCCCUUUUCUGCUCUCCUCCCUUCCCUUUUCUGCUCUCCUCCCUUCCCUUUUCUGCUCUCCUCCCUUCCCUUUUCUGCUCUCCUCCCUUCCCUUUUCUGCUCUCCUCCCUUCCCUUUUCUGCUCUCCUCCCUUCCCUUUUCUGCUCUCCUCCCUUCCCUUUUCUGCUCUCCUCCCUUCCCUUUUCUGCUCUCCUCCCUUCCCUUUUCUGCUCUCCUCCCUUCCCUUUUCUGCUCUCCUCCCUUCCCUUUUCUGCUCUCCUCCCUUCCCUUUUCUGCUCUCCUCCCUUCCCUUUUCUGCUCUCCUCCCUUCCCUUUUCUGCUCUCCUCCCUUCCCUUUUCUGCUCUCCUCCCUUCCCUUUUCUGCUCUCCUCCCCUCUUUCCUCGCCUGCCCGUCAAGCUAUGCCGUUCGCCGCCCAGGUGCGGGCGAUGCACCGGACGGCGUUGCUUGUCUCGAUGCACGGGGCGUCCAUGGCCAAUGUGGUGCUGCUGCAGAAAGGGGCAGCAGCGCUCGAGAUCAUGCCCUUCAUGUGGCACUACGGCGCAUACAAGCGGUGGGUUCACUGGGAGGGAGAUGGGAAGGGAGGGGAGAGGUUAGCCUCUUUUGACUGCACCCUCCUGUCUCCUCGCACCCACGGCAGCAUUGCACUGCGCUGGGGAGUGCACUAUUACAUGUGGCGCAACGAGCAUCGCAACCUCUCCACCUACACAGACAACUGCUUAGACGCCAACGGCUUCAGCCAAUGGCAGCCUGCCAAGUGUCACACGGUCACGGCUUGCAGGGCAUGCAUUCGAGAUAAGGUGGUCACGGAGGUGCACCUGGGGGAGCUAAGAUCUGCUCUGCUGGCUGCCAAGGAGGUGGUUGACCAAUGGGAGCUUAGGAGGGGAAGAUCCUUUGUAGAGCUCUCGAUGCCUUAA